AUGUUCUAUUCUGAGACUCUACUGUCGAAAACGGGGCCGCUGGCUCGCGUUUGGCUGUCGGCUAACAUUGAGCGCAAGCUCUCCAAGUCGCACAUCCUGCAGUCGGACAUUGAGAGCAGUGUCAAUGCCAUCGUCGACCAAGGCCAGGCUCCCAUGGCCUUGCGAUUGAGUGGUCAAUUGCUUUUGGGUGUUGUUCGAAUCUACAGCCGCAAAGCUCGCUACCUGCUUGACGACUGCAAUGAAGCUCUCAUGAAAAUCAAAAUGGCCUUCCGCCUCACGAACAACAAUGACUUGGCCUCCACUGUCGUUGCUCCUGGUGGCAUCACACUUCCCGAUGUCCUUACUGAGUCUGAUCUUUUCACCAACCUCGACACAUCCCUACUCUUCCCUCAGACCCUCGAUCUGGAGCCUGCUGCCAAGCGGCCCGGUGGCAUGGACUUUGGAAGCCAACUUUUGCCCGACAGCAGCUUCCGCCGCUCUGUUUCUCAGGAACCCGCACGCCUCGAAGACCCUUCCCUGGUCGAUCUCGACUUUGGUGAAGAUGAAUUGCCGCUUGGAAAUGACCCGACCAUGGAAGUUGGUCGAGACGCCCCUGCACCUCGCCCUGUGGAGGAGGAUCUCUUCAGUGAUGCUGGCAAAUUCAACGACGGCGAUGACUUGGAAUUGGACCUCGGCGACGACGAUGCCCCCCCUGGACAGAAUGGACCUUGA